ACCUCUUCUCCUGUGAACGGAUUAUCUUAUUUGAUCCUGCUUGGAAAAUGCCCAUUCGAAAAGAACACAAACUUUUGCAGAGAGUUAAUGUUUUGUGAACUGAGGAGAACUCACCGGAGAGUUUGCUUUGGUUUUCACUUCCAGGACACGAACUAUGGAGAAUUUGUUGUCCCUGUUGUGUUGCCUCUCUCUGCUGAUUUUAUUUCAGGUGUAUGGAAACCAUACCUGGCUACGCAAACACCCAGGUUUUGAUGUCCUGGCCCAAGCAUCGCAUUAUUGGCCCCUGGGGGCCGUGGAAGGAAUCCAUGAGUUCCGAGACGCCAAUGGAGCUUUAAGAUUCCACAACUUCACUGUGCUUCCUUCCCAUAAUUCUACUUUUGUAUAUACCAAUGAUUCUGCCUACUCUAACUUCUCUGCAACUGUAGAUAUUGUAGAAGGAAUAGUGAACAAAGGCAUCUGCAUCCCAGAUGUUAAAGGAAAGACCUUCCUCCUUUUUGGAAGCAGUCAAAACUCUUGCAUUGUUAACCCGGAAUUCUGUGAACCUGAAGGUGUAACCUUCUCUUUUUUCUGGAAGACUCAGGAGCAGCAGACUAAGCCCCCUCCUGCAUACGGGGAUCAGGUACUUUCCAGUGGAUUUAAAGUCUACUUCAGUGAAAGCAAAGGGUCUAUAGAGCUCUUUAACCACCAGAUUUCAAAGAAGUGGGAAGCCGAUUUCAUUCCGCCAGGUCCCCAAUGGACUCAUGUUCUGUUUACCUGGAAAUCUGAAGACGGCUUGAAAGUCUACGUCAAUGGAACCUUAAAUACCACUGAUCCAAAGGGGACACUUUUCUACAGCUACGAUGAGUCUAAUUCAAACAUGUUGACAGGGUCAGAGGGUGACCAGGCUAAGCGUUACGUCAACGGGGCUUUUGAUGAAUUUAUCAUAUGGGAAAGAGUGCUCACGGCCAAUGAGAUUGAGCAGUAUUUUACUGCUGCCGUAGGUGACCAGUCUUUGUUUUCUUCAGCAGCUCCGUGGGGAUGGCAGGGAACGGCAACCCUUCCCAUGCUGUCCAGAAAUGCAUACCAGCCCAUAAUAAUUAACCUUACAGAGGAGAGAGGAAACUUUCACCGGCCAUAUACCAUGUUGGACUAUUUAGGAAACAUUUCCCGUGCCUUACCCAACGAGUCACUUACGGCAAAUACGGCCUUCAACCUCACUGAGGUCUUCUUUAAAACUGUGGAAGGUGUGCUUUCGUUUCACGGCUGGAAUGAAAUGUCGCAGACAGUACCCAUUGCUCAAGACUUAGUUGAAACAAUUGACAGUGUGAUGUUUCAUGUGGGCCGCAAUCUUGGAGGAAGCCCAACAGCCAUAACAGUCGAAGGCACGUCAUCCGUGGCAGAUUACUCUUUGGUCAAAAUGCCUCCUUUACAUCUGAGCGUCCCCCACUACCGUUUCCCCCUGGAAGGGCAGAGUUAUAUUUCUAUCCCUGGAGAAGCGUUUCAGAACAAAGCUUGGAUAACCAUUGUGGGACUUCUCUACCAUACCAUGCACCAGUUCUUCGGAAGUAUCAGACCAAUAGAAACAAAAAUUCCUGAAGCUGCUGCCUGCAAGGACUGCAUGAUUUUUGCAAGCAGCUACCUUAUCUCCCUGAAAGUGGAACCGCCGCCGACAUUGUCCCACAAUUUGUCCGGUUCUCCUCUCAUUACCAUCCAUUUGAGACACAAACUGACUGCUCCCCAAUACAGCCAAGUCAUGAACGAAAGCAACCGAGUGCACUUUUACUGUGCCUUUUUGGAUUACAGCAACGGAAGUGGUGUUUGGUCUAAUGAAGGCUGCGUGCGUCAUGAAGGGGAUUCUGACUAUUCGGUCUGUUUGUGUAACCAUCUCACAAACUUUGCCAUUUUGAUGCAAGUUGUACCACUCAAGCUCUCAGCGGGACACAAGGUGGCGCUGUCCUCCAUCAGUUACAUCGGCUGUUCCAUCUCCAUCUUCUGCCUGAUGAUCACAUUGGUCACGUUUGCGGUUCUGUCCUCUGUCAGCACCAUAUGUAACCAGCGCUACCACAUCCACGCCAACCUGUCGUUUGCCAUUUUAGUGGCUCAGAUUCUACUGCUUAUAAGCUUCCAGUUCAAUCCUGGGACGGUGCCCUGCAAAAUCCUUGCCGUUCUCCUCCAUUUCUUCUUCAUGAGUGCUUUUGCAUGGAUGCUAGUGGAAGGAUUUCAUCUCUACAGUAUGGUGAUCAAAGUGUUUGGAUCUGAAGAAAGCAAGCAUUUAUAUUACUAUGGAAUUGGAUGGGGCUGCCCACUGCUGCUCUGCGUCAUCUCAGUAACAUCAGCUGUGGAAGCUAUGGAGAAGACAAGUAACUGCUGGCUUUCGCUGAAGAAUGGCACAAUCUGGGCUUUUGUGGCCCCAGCUCUGUUUGUAAUUUUAGUUAACAUCGGCAUUCUCAUUGCAGUCACCAGAGUCAUCUCAAGAAUAAGUGCAGAAAACUAUAAGGUGCACGGAGAUGCUAAUGCAUUCAAGUUGACGGCCAAAGCAGUUGCUGUCUUGUUGCCUAUCUUGGGAAGCUCGUGGAUUUUAGGUGUUCUGGCGGUCAACAUGCAUGCAUUGGUGUUCCAGUACAUGUUUGCCAUAUUCAACUCCUUGCAAGGGUUCUUCAUCUUCCUAUUUCACUGUCUCCUGAACUCAGAGGUUAGAGCCGCCUUUAAACACAAAACCAAGGUGUGGUCACUCACCAGCAGUUCGAUCCGCAACAUCAAUGUGAAACCUUUCAACUCGGACAUUAUAACUGGGAACAGGCCAGGAACAACCCCCACUAAACUCAACACUUGGGACAAGAGUACCAAUUCAGCAAACAAGAUUGAUCUCUCAGCAGUUUGACGGCAAACCCUAACGUCCCUCCUCUCUGAUAUCCAAACCGUAUCCUCAGGAUCUUUGACAUGCUGCCUGCCUGUCCAGUAUUUUCUCAGAAUUUGUGCCAGUAGGAACCACUCCUUUAACCACCACCUGCUAAAUUGGGGAGAGAAUUUUUCAUGCUGCAUUGGGGUUGAGUCAGUCCUUCCAGCUUCUGCUAGCAUUGCUUACUGCCUGCCACUCGUCCAUUGGGAAUAGCUAUGAAAUAGCUAGUGACAAAAUAACACUGGGUGGUCUUGUAAACAGCAGCAGAGACAGUAAGUGUGGGGAAAUGGAUUGUACUCCCUCAGUAAUGGGACUUCGGACGUUUAAUGGCACCUCAGGAACGAUGAUCAUGACAUGCUUUUCCGCCUUGCAAACCAAAUGUGUGUUUUUGUGUGUGGCAUUAUUAAAACCGUGCCAUUCCUGUCUAGCGCUACAACCCCCACUUGCAUUAAAUAAUAUGAGCAGUCCAAUUACCCAGGAGAAGCAUAGCCAGAGAACACCCAGCCAACAGACAUUUCACCUGGAAGUGGCAUGGAAGUCAAAGACAGAUGGGGAAAUAGAGUCAGGAUCAAUGUAUCACAUGGCACAUAGGCCUUGGGACCAACAAUGAUGGCAGAUGUUGAGUGUGUAUGGCCUAUACAUCUGUUUGGGCUUUGCCAAUGACUGUUUUGUCCACCUGCAGGGUUAUUUUAUUUCAGCGCUGUCCUCAUCAGCCAAAACACUCUUUGGUAUGAGUAAGGUGUCUGCAGCCUUUCAGAUGAGAAUCAACGACGGUCUGCUGAAUAGAUUUUGCGGACAGAAUUAACCUGUGCGCUUUUGGGAAUCAUAACAGAGAUGACUCUUGGGUUUAUCUGUCUUCUUUUCCUGGCAGCAUAGGACGCUGAAUGCCAAACAGGAGAACCCUCUCCCCACAAAGAAAUGCAAAAAACAAACAAAACAAAAACACUUUCAUACAAAUCAGCAACAACAAGAAGAAAAAUUACUGUGAAGUCGUCAGCCGGACUGCAGCUGGGAUUGUGUUAUUAUCCACAGAUGUUGUUAUUUUAUUUUAUCUCAUCUCCUGACAAACAAACCUUUAGUCUUU